AUGGCUUCUUCUUCUCCUCCGUCUUCUCAAACAACAACGGCUGAGUUUAUCGAAAACUUCAACCGAGACUAUUUGCAAAGACACAAAUCUUACGAGGAUAACUUUUGGGAGACGAAAAUGGAUUUAAAGGGUAACUCCGUGGAGAACUUGAACACUUCGUUCAACGCGUUAGAGACAUUCUUGGGUGACCAGAAUACGUUAGAGAAAGUGAGAGAGUUGUUGAAACGAACCGACGGAAGCGUCUCCGAGGAACAGAAAAUUGUUUUGAACCAAAUCGAAAAGACUUUGAAGUGUUACAUCGUCGAAUCGGACGAUGCGAAAGCAUUGAGAGAAUCUAUGAUGAAGAAAGAAGGUACUUUACAAAAAUCCAGAAACAACUUGAAGACGCAAUACACGGACAAAGACGGAAAGGUUGUCGACACGACGCCGACGGUCAUUCGAACCAAAAUGCGUUCGGAUCCAGAGGAAAGCGUUCGGAAAUCGUGUUGGGAAAUGUUGAGGAAAAACGGUCCGUUCUUAUUGGAUAACGGUUUCUGCGACAUCAUCAAAGAACGCAAUCGCUUCGCUCGAGAGCUCGGCUUUGAAGACUUUUACGACUUGAAAGUAACCAACGCCGAAGGGUUCUCGAAGAAAAAAUGUUUCGAAAUGCUCGAUGGUUUAGAGCAAGCGACGAAGCCUUUGCUAGAUAAAGCCCUGGAAAUGUUGAAAAAGGAAAAGGGAGAGGACGCGACCAAACCGUGGAACACCGGGUUCGCGCUGAGCGGUGAGUUGACGAAACUUACCGAUCCGUACUACCCUUUCGAAUACGCGCCCGAGGUGUGGGGUCGAUCCUUUUCGAAAAUGAACAUUAAAUAUAAAGGCGCGACGAUGCGUUUGGAUCUGUGCGACAGAAAGGGUAAAUAUCCGAACGGAUUUUGCCACUGGCCGACUGCGCCGUACAAGACACAAGACGGUACGUUUAUUCCGUCCGAAACAAACUUUACCUCUUUGGCGACGCCGGAUGAAAUCGGGUCCGGAAACACCGCGUUGACGACGUUGAUGCACGAAGGUGGUCACGCCGCGCACUUUUCCAACAUUGUCCAAGGAUCUCCUUUGUUUUCUCAAGAACGCGCGCCGUUCUCCGUUGCAUUGGCGGAAACGCAAUCGAUGUUUCUCGAUGCUCUCUGCGAAGAUGCGAGCUGGCAAGCGCGCUAUGCGAAGAACCGCAAGGGUGAGACGAUUCCGUGGGAAUUAAUCGAACGCUCGAUUAAAGAGAGACACCCGUAUAAAGUUUUUCAGUUGCGUGGUAUGAUUGCGGUGCCUUACUUUGAGAAAGCGUUGUACGAAAUGGACGAGAAAGACUUAACUCCAGAAAACGUUUUGAAAGUCGCGGACGAAGUCGAAAUGAAAAUCCAAGGCGGUUUAGCCGGACGUCCGUUGAUGUCCGUGCCGCACAUUCUCGCCGACGAGUCGAGUUGCUAUUACCACGGCUAUGUCUUCGCGGAAAUGGCCGUGCACCAAACUCGUGAAUACUUUUUCAAAACCGGGGAUGGUACUAUCGUCGAUAAUCCUCGCGUCGGGAAGGAGUUAAUCGAGAACUAUUGGGUGCACGGAAGCGGAAACCCGGGCUUUCUUGGAUUGGUGAACAACCUCACCGGAAGUCCUUUGAAACACGACGCGUGGGUGAAAGAGUUGGGCGUGGAAGUUGAGGACAUGUUGAAGGAGGAAAAAGCGGAAUACGAGAAAGCGUUAGCGUCGGCUUCGUCCUCGAGUAAGGAUGAAAUCGAUUUGGAAAUGCGCGCUAUCUUUGUCCACGGGGACGACGUGAUUUCCGACUCGAACGAUUCUAAUUUCACGGAUGCGUGCGAGAAAUUCAGAGGUUGGAUCUAUCAAGAGUGGCCAAAGACGAAAACCAUGGCUUAA